AUGGUCCCCCGGCAGUCUGCUGCAACCUCUCUGAUUACCUCCCUCCUCCGGCCUUCACUCUCGCUACCACAAUCCUACAUCUGUACACCAUGCCGUCGUAACCUGCAUCGUGGACUCCCGGAAAAUGGCCGCGUGCCGUCGCCUACACCCUUUGUGCCCGAUGUUCCCACGUUUCUGACGCUCAUCGGUCGCGAAUUGUCCAAACACGCAAGCAAGAUCGAAUCCUGGGAGGAGCUUUUCACCUUGACGUCGCAGCAAUUGAAGUCGAGAGGGAUCGAACCCCCCCGAACCCGGCGAUACCUUCUCCGAUGGCGGGAGAAGUUCCGAAAAGGCGAUUUUGGCAUCGGGGGAGACCUCCAACAUGUCAAGGACGGAGUCGCUGAAUUGAGGUUGGUCGAGGUACCAAGUCUCAAGAAAGAUCCGGAAACAGGGAACCCACUGUCCCGCCCGGUAACUGUGGGUAGGACUCCGGGCAUGCAAAAGUUGAUUGUCAACGUGCCAAACGGGUCCACGACCUAUGCAUUACAGCCAGGACAAACCACUGCGGACUUACAGAAACCCAAGGGUUUCAAGCUGAAGAAUGGUUAUAUCAUAAAGGGCAAACAAGCACAUCCCAUAAAAGGCACGUACGGCAGCGGGGUUAUGUUGAAAGUUGUAGAAGGACUCUGGGAGCAUAAACGUGGACACAAGGUGCAUGGGGGUGAGAGAAGGCGAGCAGAGACAUUACACAAACUGAGGGUGGAAGAGAACAAGAAAAAUGCGAGGUAA